AUGAUCCCCCGAUGGCUCCUCCUGGUGAGCUGCCUGGUGCUGGCAUUGAUUGCCCAGCCCGGCGCGGCCAAAAAAUCCAGCCAACCGCAAUGGACACUCAAAGAGAUCGACCACAAACCGAACGCCCUCUUCUUCUUCGAGGAUACCGAGACCGUGCUGGUGAACACCCGAAACGGUGAUCUGCACCGGUCAUUUGACGGUGGGAAUGAAUGGGAAAUCGUCGAGGGCGAGGACGGCCGCAUGAAACACCAGGUCGCCUUGCUCCUGCAGCAUCCGUACGACUCGCACCGGGCGUACGCAUUGGGAAUUGACGGCCACCACUGGAUCACGACCGAUCAAGCUAAGACAUGGCGAGAGUUCACCCUCGACGAAUUGCCGGCGAUGCGUAAUCCUCCCCUCGUCUUCCACGGGCAAGAUCCCAGCAAGGUCAUCUUCCAGGGCGAGGAUUGUGUGGGCCGCUUUUGCAUCGUGAGAUCAUACUACACGGACGAUGACUUCAGGACAACCGAGAUCCUCCGGGAAAGUGUCGGGGGCUGCUCAUGGGCCCUGGGACAUCCACAAUUUGCCGAAGACUCGGAUUUGGCCAAGGAAAUACAGAACCGCACGCUGUGUGUUGUUCCGGGCUUGAAGGUGCCCUUGCCAUACGCCAACCGCCUUGUAUACUCCGACGGCUACUUCAAUAGUGACAAGGAGGGCACGGAGGUGAAACUGCAGGAAGGCCGGCCCGUUGCCGGUGUCAUGCGUACUGCGGCCAUCAAGAAGUUCCUCGUUGCGGCGGCGAGAUCCCGGGGGACCGAUGAACUCGCAUUGUACGUGACCGUGGAUACGAAGAACUGGCACCGGGCAGAGUUCGGCGGCCACCGGUUGGAGGAAGAUGCUUAUACGAUGCUGGAGAGCACGAACUACAGCCUCCAGGUGGACGUUUUGACUAGUCCGAAGAGCGGCAUGGGCGUACUGUUCACGUCUAAUUCGGACGGGACUUACUUCACCCGCAAUGUCGAACAUACCAACCGUGACAUGCGGGGCACCGUCGACUUCGAAAAGAUCGCCAAUAUCCAGGGGAUUGUGAUGGUGAAUGUGGUGGACAAUCCCAAGGAAGUCGAAAACGGCGGUAAGAACAAACGAGUCGUCAGCAAAAUCAGUUUCGAUGAUGGGCGGACUUUCCAGCCGCUCAAAGUUGACGACAAGAAGCUGCACCUCCACUCGGUGACGUCUUACGCCAACAUUGGUCGAGUGUUCUCCAGCCCAGCCCCAGGCCUCGUGAUGGGCGUUGGAAACACCGGUGAUCACCUGAAGGAUUACUCUGAAGGCGACCUUUACAUCUCCGAUGAUGCCGGCGUGACCUGGCGUCACGCCCUGGAGCACUCUCACAAAUAUGAGUUUGGAGAUCAGGGUGCGGUGGUCAUCGCGAUGCGGGACGAUGAGAAAACGAAUAAGCUUGAAUACUCUAUCGACCAUGGCAAAAGCUGGGAGUCGGUUGAGUUGGACAAGAAGAUCUACCCCAUCAUGGUCACAACGACCCCCGACUCAACCAGCUUGAAGUUCUUGAUCGUGGGCUCCACCAGUAAACACGACGGCGACGGCACCUAUAUUACGUAUGCAGUGGACUUUGCGGGACUGCACGAAAGGAAGUGCGAGAAGGAUGAUUUCGACGAACAGUGGCCAGCCCGUUUGGAUGAAAACGGCGAGCCAGACUGCCUGAUGGGCCAUAAACAGUUCUUCAGGCGCAGAAAGCCGAAUGCCGACUGCUUCAUUGAUGAAGAGUUCAAGGACCCGCAACCGAUCUUCAAGCCCUGCAAAUGUACCGCGGAGGACUUUGAAUGCGAAUACAAGCGCAGCGAGGAUGGUGAAGGCUGCGAGCUCCCGCCUUCGUUGCAGCCACCGGAAGGAAAAUGCAAGAAGCCCACAGAUACGUUCAAAGGACCAUCAGGUUGGAGGCUGAUCCCUGGUAACGCUUGCGAGCGAGAGGGAGGCAAAAACCUCGACGAAGAGAUUGAGAGAUCGUGCGAGAAGGUGGGAGUUCCGACGGAUGGAAAGAUCAAGCAGACGAAGCAGUUCUUUGACUCCGAGCCCGUCGUCUAUCGGUAUAUGGAGCGUCAGUCGAGCAACUCCGGCGACGAUGAGACGGUUCUUGUGAUUACUCGCAAUGUCGAGUUUUUCAUCUCACACGACCACGGUAAGACCUGGGAGCAGCCACUCAAGGGCGAAAAAGUGAACCGACUUGUCCUGCACCCUUAUCACAACGACGUCGCCUUUCUUCUUACAGAGGGUAAGGAAGGCUAUUACACGAUUGAUCGGGGAUAUACUUUUAAGCCUUUCAAAACGCCUCUUCCGCCAACCCAACAGACUUACCUCCCACCUCUUGCAUUCCACCCUCAGUACAAGGAUUGGUUAAUCUGGACGGGUGCUGCUGAUUGCUCUUCUACCUCCGGGGACUGCCAUGAUGAUGCCUAUUUCAGCAAGAACCGUGGCGAAAGCUGGGAACUUCUGCUCCGCUACGUCAGGAGAUGCGAAUUCGAAGCCAGCGAGAACCGGCCGGACAGCGAAAAUCUCAUUUUCUGCGAGCAGCACGAGAGCGAGAGCAAGUCCAACCCAUUGCAUCUCUUGUCCAGCGAAAACUUUUUCGCUGACAGCCGUGAUCAUUACACCGAUCUCGUCAAUUACGCUACCAUGUCGGAGUUCAUCAUCGCCGCCUUCAAAGACCCCGAGAACCCGGAUGCCUUGGUUGCCACGACCAGUGUUGACGGCAAGACGUUUGCGGAGGCACGCUUUCCUCCAAACCUUCACAUCCCAGUGAAGACCGCUUAUACUGUGCUUGAGAGCACUACGCAUGCCAUUUUCCUCCAUGUCAAGGCUGGCAGCACCGCAGAGUAUGGGCCUCUGAUCAAGAGUAACAGCAAUGGUACCUCGUACGUACUCAGCUUGGACGCGGUCAACGAGAACCGGGCCGGAUUUGCCGAUUUCGAGAAGAUGAAAGGUUUGGAGGGAGUGGCUGUGGUGAACGUCGUCGGCAACGUUGAGGAGGUAUCAAAGGGAGCGAAGAAGAAGCUCAAGACAAUGAUCAGCCAUAACGACGGCGCGCAGUGGGCGUUACUGCCCCCGCCGGAAAAGGAUGCCGACGGCAAGGCUUUUGGCUGCUCGGUCACCAAAGGAAAAGGUACGCCUGACUGUUCUCUGCAUCUCCACGGCUACACGGAACGCAAAGACGAGCGCGACACGUAUUCCUCGGGCUCUGCUAUUGGUAUGAUGAUAGCUGUUGGGAAUGUUGGGGAUCAUCUGUCCGACAGUGAGGCGGAUACGUUUAUCACCAAUGAUGGUGGGAUUACUUGGAAAUCCGCCCGGAAGGGAAGACAUAUGUGGGAAUACGGUGAUGCCGGGUCGGUGAUCGUACUUGUCCCGGAGGAUGUACCCACGGAUAAGCUUUACUACAGCGUGGACGAAGGCGACAGCUGGGAGGAGUAUCGGUUUUCGGACGUCGAAAUGCAAAUUGAAGACAUCACGACCGUGCCUUCGGACACAUCGAAGAACUUCCUUCUUUGGGGCAGAGAAAUGAAAUCCGACUCGGGCAAGAAGAUCGCCACCGUCAAUAUCGACUUCAGUGGGCUUCGCUCGCGGCAGUGCAAGUUGGACGAGGAUGGACAUGCGAACGACGACUAUCGUCUGUGGGAGCCUAAGCAUCCGUUCCAGACCGACAACUGUCUGUUUGGUCAUGUUGAACAGUACCACCGCAAGAAGCCGGAUGCAGCUUGUUGGAACAACUGGCGUGAGCCGCACGUCCACAGCAUUGGAAAGAACUGCAGCUGCACCAGGGCUGACUUUGAAUGGUAUUCCCUUUGCCCUUACCCUUGCAGCAUGAAAAUGACUAACCUUGCUAGUGAUUAUAACUUUGAACCCCAGAGUGACGGCAGCUGUAAAUUGGUGCCGGGGCUUCCACUCCCCGACGCAGAGGCUAUCUGCCGAGCCGACCCCGACAGGAUUGAAUACUGGGAGCCGUCGGGAUACCGACGUGUGCCUCAGUCGACGUGCAUGGGAGGCGACGAGUUUGACCACGUGAAGACGAAGCCUUGUCCUCACAAGGAGAAAGAGUACGAAAAGAAGCACGGCAUCAGCGGGGUCGGCCUCUUCUUUGCCAUCGUGAUACCCAUCGCGGUGGCUGGCGGAAUUGGUUACUACGCGUACACCCGGUGGGAUGGCAAAUUCGGACAGAUCCGGCUUGGGGAGGGCACCAGCGGCUCCCACGAGUGGCUCUCGCGCGACUCCUUGCUGGUCACUGUGCCGAUCGCUAUCAUUGCCGGGGUGGUCGCCGUGGGGAGGGCACUUCCCCUCCUGGCUAUGAGUAUGUGGAGAAGCGCCAGCGGCUAUGUCCGUCUGGGGGGUAGCAGGGGGUAUUCGCGGCCGUAUGCGUCUCGGGGGUCGUUCGCGGCGCGCCGCGGCGACUACAGCAGUGUGGUGGAGGACGAGGACGAGCUUCUCGGCGUGGAGGAUCUCGAUGAAGACGAUGAUGAAAAUUAG